GGCUACACAGAGCUUCAUAAAGUUUUUGUGUGCGGUGUGGAGCGGACGUCGGCUAAGCAGAAGAAAAAAUAAAUAAAUAAAACAGCACCAUGUCCUUCCUUGUCGUUUUACUCAUUCUUUACAUCAUUUGGGAUGUCAACUAUUUCAUUCGCUGCAUUUUCACUGUCCUAGCUGGCCGUCUGUUCCAGGGUAAACGCAAAGUCACUGACACCACAACCAUCUAUGGUUUGUGCACCUCGCAGGAUGUCGAUAUCUUCAUUCGUCACAUGAAUAAUGCUCGCUAUUUGCGUGAAUUGGAUUUUGCACGCUUCCAUUUUUAUGCGCUGACCGGCCUGUACGAGCAAGUACGCCAGCGCAAAGGCGGUGCCGUACAAGGUGCCUCGAGCGUACGCUAUCGCCGCACCAUUCCCAUUUUCCAUCCAUACAAAAUUCAGACAAAACUCAUCUGGUGGGACGAGAAGGCAAUCUAUUUGGAGCAAUCAUUUGUGACAUUGUCGGAUGGAUUUGUGCGCGCUGUGGCCCUCUCGAAACAAUGUAUCACCAACUGUGAUGUGACGGAGGUGAUGAAGACCUUCCCGGAAGCUAGCACGCGACCGGAAAUGCCAGCCGAUCUAAAGCUGUGGUUGGACUCGAUUGAAGUAUCUAGUCAGAAGUUGCGCAAGGAUAAGUGAAUGAGGAGUGUUCUUAAUAAUGCUGACUUUAGUUUUUUUUUUAAAUAAUUUUUAUGAUGUACAUACAUAUACACCCACUUAUAUACUCAUAUUUAUAGGUAAUAAAAUUUUACUUUUUUAUAUUUUCUUGCCAAGUAAAAGCGUCGUGA